CACUAUUUGACGAAUGCACAGCGCAAUACAAGCAAAGUCGUCAAUUAGAAAAGAAAAAGAUGAGAGAACGAGAAGAAACAUGGCACAGAUUAGAGAAGACAGCAGCUCACAACGCUCAGGGAGCUCCAUUACAUUACACUAUUGGGACUACCUCGAACUUGUCGACAACAAAUGUUGUUGAAACCACGUCCUACAACAAUUUUGAUGCCGAGGAAUUUACUGAAGAAAAUCAAUCAAGUGAAGAAGAGUCCGCAGAUGAAGUGCCACCGCACGAAAACGAGGGACAAGAGAAUGAUGAUCACGGUGAACUUCAAUACUUUGAUGGACGGCCCGAUGGCUUCAAUUUGUUCCGUCGUAAAUCUAUUAUACCAGUUGAUGAAUCUGUAUUAUCUGAAUUAUCCCGGCAUCGCAGCUUGGAUGAAGUACUUAAUGGACCCCCGGAUGGGAAUACCUCGAAUAAUCCUUAG